AUGCAGCCUACACGCCCCAACUCGAGCAGACUCCAGAUUCUGCUCUUGCUACUGUUCCUGUUCCGUUCUGGGUUCCAAGCUCCCACCACGCUUCAAGAUACCACCCAGCCAUCUUCCAACUCAAAACCCGUGAAUUGCAGCUGGUUGGUCAUUGAACUUGAACACCUGAUAGAUAACAAAUCUUCAGAACCCAUCAUCAGCGAAUUCGAGUUACAACUGAUGGAUACAUCCCUGCUAAAGCCCAACCUGUGUGCAUUCCUGGAAGCUGCAAAAACAUUGAAUGAUGUCACGAACAUAGAGAGGAUCAGGAAAAAUCUUAAGACACUUCGACAGUGCCUGCCUGAAGCCACUCCCCUUCUGAUGGGAGGACCCAUUUUCAUCACCGAAGAUGACCCCAAUGAUUUCCGGAAGAAACUGAAAAGCUUUGUGAGAGUCCUUUCUGAACAGACGGAGGAGACUCUGAGCUUUAGAAACUCCUCUGUGACACCCACCGCUGCCCCUGGGUCUUCUCACCAUGAGUUGGUGAAAUGUUGA